GCAAGAUGGUACUUUCGAUAACUAGGGUUUGGAAUAAAUCCUAGCUCGCCUCUCAUCACUGUCUCUCUCAAAAACUUAGCAUCGUCUGCCGAGAUUUGCAGCCCUUGGGAGAGUUAAGCCUAGAGUUCCAAAAUGGGUAUUUCUCGGGAUUCCAUGCAUAAGAGGCGUGCCACUGGUGGCAAGAAGAAGGCUUGGAGGAAGAAGAGAAAGUACGAGCUUGGAAGGCAACCAGCAAACACGAAAUUGUCAAGCAACAAGACAGUGAGAAGGGUUAGGGUUAGAGGUGGUAAUGUGAAGUGGCGUGCUUUGAGGCUUGACACUGGAAACUACUCCUGGGGAAGCGAGGCUGUGACCCGUAAGACUCGUAUUCUUGAUGUGGUCUACAAUGCAUCCAACAACGAGCUGGUCCGUACUCAAACUUUGGUGAAGAGUGCCAUCGUCCAGGUUGAUGCUGCACCUUUCAAGCAGUGGUAUCUCCAGCACUAUGGUGUUGAUAUCGGACGCAAGAAGAAGACUGCUGCUGCUGCUGCCAAGAAAGAAGGAGAGGAAGGUGAUGCCACUGCUCCUGCCACUGAGGAGGUGAAAAAAAGUAACCAUGUUGUGAGGAAGCUGGAGAAGCGUCAACAAAAUCGGGUACUUGACCCACAUAUUGAAGAGCAAUUUGGCAGCGGUCGUCUAUUGGCUUGCAUCUCAUCACGACCUGGUCAGUGUGGUCGUGCUGAUGGGUAUAUCUUGGAGGGAAAAGAGCUUGAGUUCUACAUGAAGAAGCUCCAACGUAAGAAGGGGAAGGGAGCUGCCUAAAAUUUUGUUACUUAUUCAUCUUGAGAUUUUUUUACUUUUAUCCUUUCAAAUGUUGGAAGGUACUGAUAUGAAUUUGUUGAAGAUCAGUUUACUUGAAACAAACUUUCAUUGUGUUAUUGUUGAAUUUUGAAGUAGCAUAUUUUCAGUUACUAUUUCUUUUUGAGAAAUGGUUAUUCUGUUUUUGA